AUGGUACUUAUCCUUGUGAAUUUUGUUUUAAAUGUAGAUUUGGUGAAUAAUUUUGGAACAAUUGCAAGAUCGGAGAUGAAAGAGUUUGUGAAGUCAUUGCCAGCUAGGGUCGAUGUGAGUAUGAUUGGACAAUUUGGUGUUGGGUUCUAUUAUGCUUACCUUGUCGUAGAGAGGGUUGUUAUGACUACUAAACAUAAUGAUAAUAUGUUUGGGAGUCACUACCCGGUGGUUCUUUCACUAUUACAAGAGAUGUUGAUGGAGAGCAACUUGAUGAAAAUGAUUGAGAAGGAGAUUAGUGAUGAUGAGGAUGAUGAACCAAAAAAGGAAAAAGAGGGUAAUGUUGAGGAAGUUGACAAAGAGAUGGAGACCAAAUCCUAG